GAAAGCAGAUUUAACCGGUUCGUAGUAGUUUCACGCGAUCAAUGUAAAACAAAAAUCCAUUCGCCUUGAAUUUAUUUAACAAUGUCGUUGUCUACAGAAGAGAGUAUUUCUUUAAUGAGUAAUCUUAAUAUCUUAAAGGAUAAUAGCUUACCGAUAGAGAACCAUAUACUACAGAAGCAGGAGGAAUUAGCCCAUAAAGCAGUAGAAUAUACCACUACCUGUGGUAGCUAUACCGCCUGGGACACUGAUGUCGACCUUUCACCACCAGACCCGUCUGUCUCACUGAACAAAGAUGACGUCAACAUUCAAGAUUACUACAAUGCUUUACAGUACAGCUUGUUUCAAAACAACCUUCCCGAGACUUUCGACAGAACGAAACAGCCGAGGACACGAAAGCAUGAUACGGAAGUCGCAAUAGUUGUUUUAGCAUCACCAAGGGAAUGCCUGGCGAUACUGCUAGAAGGUGGGCGCCAAUGUCCGGGCGAUAUGCUACUCGUGUUGUCGCCAACAUGGGUUGUGAAGGAGAAAUCUAAUAAAGUUGAAGGUCUGCAUUCGCUGUUGGUCAAGAAAGCAAUCGUAUUUGAUCGGUCCGGAACAACCUAUGUCGAUGUCUUUCCGACCCCUAGACGGUGUUCCUAUUUUGUAAAUUUUUUCACAAAGGCGGUCACCAAUGGCCAAAGAAAUGAUGGUGUGGAACUUGAGCAGGACUUGGACUGUCCAAUGUCAAGUUCUGUUGAGCUGUGCAAGUAUGUAGACGAUAAACUACUGUCACGUAUAUGGAUGGCGGAAGCGGGAGUAAAUUACCCAGAAACCCUAGCUAUUGCAUACAAACCAUCGUAUGAAUACAAUAUUCCAGAAGACGCAAACAUGAAAGUUUUGAUCGUCGAAAAUAAAGACGGCAUAGAUAAUUACGUAGAAGAAAACAUACGUCAGUUCCUGAAUAUGGAGAGAGUCAGAUCAUUUGAAAAGAUCGUGGUAAAACCCUCUGGUACCAUGUGGCACGGUAGUAGAUGUGUGACGUUCCAUAAAGUGAAAAAUGUGGAAGAAAUUUGUAAAGCUGUACUUGACUUGCUGGCUAUAUUGGAAUUGGAGAACACAGUCCUGGUUGAAACGUUUUAUGAACCUGUAGAAGCUGCAAAUCCAGAAUUAGCUGAUUACUCGUUCAGAUGGAGGACCACUGUAUGUAGAAGAGUAGACGAUACACCAAUCACAACACAGAUGGCUUGUGGGAUAGGUCUGAAACAUCAACCAAUCAAUGGCAACAACACUAUUCCCCAAACUUUUGAAACAACAAUGAAAAUGUGGAAUAUGGAAGAAGAUGAAAUGAAUCGUUUAUUAGAUAAAGUUUCCACAGGUUCAGAAAAGGUCAUGGAGCGUAUUAUUGAAUAUGAGCGUGGUCUGUCUACAGAUAUCAAAGGAGGCGUUGGAGCACGAACUGACCUUAUAGGUAUUGACUACGUUCUGGGAAUGGUAGAUGGACAGUUAGAAGCAGUAGGAAUAGAAGUGAACAGUCAUGACUGUACCUUUAAUUGUCAGUUGUUUGAGUUCUUAAAUCCCCAUAGACAGGGAGAAGCAGUGAAACCACUAGUUGAGACCAUGAUAAGACGUUCACAGCUGUUUGCCAUGCAAGACAAAACUGUCGUUGUAGUCGGAGCUGGAGGUUUCAGCAAGAAGUUUAUAUGGGAAAGCUAUAAAUCAUUUGGUAUUAAUGUUGUUCUUGUUGAACCGAAUCAGUCAUGCUUUGGUGCAUCGAGGUGCACAAAAUUCAUUCAGUACGAUUUUCUCGACCAUAAACAAGACGAAGAACAUGCUACAGCCAUUAUUAAAAUUCUUAAAGACAAAGGAAUAGAUGUCGAUGGGUGCGUUACCUUUUGGGAGGAUUGUGGUCCCUUAGCCGCAACAAUAUGUGACAUGCUUAAAUUGAAUGGUCCAGGAAAACAACCAGCCCAAAUUGCUAAAAGGAAAAGUUGGACACAAAACGUGUUACGGUCAAGAACCGACGAUAUACCUCAUUUCCCGAGAUCUCAUCUGUAUUCCAGUAUCUGCUGUUCUAUCAAAAGUGAAGAAGACGUCGACAAGGCUUUGGAAAAGAUUAGACUACCUGCUGUAUUAAAAUUGGAAUAUGGAUCAAGUGGCGUUGGGGUCAAACCUGUCGCAGACCGUGUUGAGUGUAUUAAUAUAUGGCAACAAUUAUCAUCAAUUCUCCAGAAAGACGAAGAUCACCCUGGUGUUGGGCUCGGUCACGGUAACGACAUUAUGCUGAUGGAGAGAAUUGAUGGUACAGAACACGACAUAGAUAUCAUUAUAUUCCAGAGGCAGCUUGUUGGUGCAUUUAUCUCGGAUAAUGGACCAUGUAGGAAAGGGUCUUACACAGAAACAGCAGCCUUGCUGCCAACAUGCCUACCAUUAGAUAGGAGAGGGCAGCUUAUAACAUCUGCAUAUCAGUGUUGUACGGAAAUCGGACUCGUAACUGGAGUGUUCAACGUUGAAAUGAAAAUGACAAAAACAGGACCAAAAUUAAUUGAGAUCAAUGCUAGAAUGGGAGGUUUCUAUCUCCGGGACUGGAUCAAGACUUGCUACGGGCAUGAUCUUUUACUCUACGCUUUCAUGGUUUCUUUGGGUAUCAGACCAGUAAUCUCAAAUGUGCAACCUAAAUGCACUCUGAUGGGAAUGAUGUGUCUGUCGUCCGUACACAAACAACAAUUAAAAAAUCCAAACAGCUUGAAAUUCUUAAAUGCGUUGGUUUCUGAAAAUAUUGUCAGAUAUAACCAGCUGGAGCCGUCAUUAGACGAAUGUGGUAGUGAAAAUGAUGAGGAACCAUUUGCAAACAUUGCUGUCAUGGACAAGAACUUGGAAACAGCCAAAGCUAAACUGAUCAAUAUCGGCAAUGCUCUUGGUUUGAAUACAAAUAACUAUGACUAUAACUAUCUGUUGAGUCAUUUCAAAUAAUGACGGUUAGUGAUAGGUGUGCUCAGCGAUUAUCGCUACAAUCAUUCAUAAAAACCAUUUAUCAUUGCUUAGCGAUUACCGCUUGUAUCAUUCAUAUAAAUCAUUCACCAAUUGUACAUUUCAAGAAUAGCGGACUUGUAGAGCUAGGAACUUUGUAUAUAUUAACAAACUUAGUCAUUGCAUUGGAAAUCAAUUUUGUAUUUUGUUAAUUUGUUAAGUUUAAAACAAAAAAAAAAAAAUAAAAAAAUAAAGAUAAAAUAAAAAUAAAAAUAAAAAUAAAAAUAAAAAUAAGAUAAAGAGUAAAGCAGUUUGAACACCAGAGAGAGAGAGAGAGAGAGAGAGAGAGAGAGAGAGAGAGAGAGAGAGAGAGAGAGCAGCAUUUUCAUUUAUAACAUGUAUAAUAUUGAAUGUAAAGUAUAUACAUUUUUGUAUUUAACUAAGUAAUAUAUCAAAAACAUUCCAUUCUCUGAGAAACUGAUGUUCACAUUUGUUUUUCAUAGCAAUAUUUUUGUCCAUUGCAUACACAUAUUUCAUCUUUUCUUUUACUGAGUUUAAUGUAAGAAUUUUUUUAAAACAUCUCGAAUUAUAAAUAUAUUGCUUUAUGGUAAGAAAAAUAGUAUUUUCUGCAUUGCCUUUUGAUAUUUUUGCAGAGUUACCAAACAAAAAAACUUCUUGUGUAAAAAGUACACUAAUUCCAUUGGUCAGAAACCAAUUUUCAAUCUGUUCUAAUAAUAAUUGUGUAUGUUCACAUUCCCAAAAUAAAUGUUCUAAUGUUUCAAUUUCUCUAUUACAAAAAGUACAAUUUGGAUUAUCAUAAAUCUUAAUUUUAUGAAGAAAUUUGUUUGCAGCUAAGAUUCGAUGAUUGAAUGAAUCUGAUUUGAUUUCUUGAAGGUGAGGGGCGCAGGAGGACUUGAAAAAGAUAUU